AUGCUAAAUACGAGUGGUGAUACUAAUAAUCAUCAUCAAGAGGAUUCUAAUAUUGUGGCUGAGGAUGUGGAUGUAAUUCAUAUCGAAGUUGAAUCAAUGGAUGGAGAACAUGUAAAUAAUCAACAAUAUAAUCAUAAUACUUCAUCAAUUAUUGUUGGAACCAAUGUAAAUUUAGUAGAUGAAGAUGAGGACCAAGAUGUAAUAUUACAUCAACAGUCCAAACCUUCCACAACAACUACAUCCUUUUCUAAUAUUCAUCAUGAUAAUAAUUUACUUUCAUCAGUACCUACUACCAACAACUCUGCAGCAUCAAUAACAGUUGCUACUGAGAAUCCUACUUCCACAACAAUACCCAAUCACAUUAUCAAUCCAUCACCCAGAAUAACAUUUAACGACACUGUUGUCUCAAUUCCUUCUUCAUCAUUUGCAUAUAAAGAGGAAACGUACCAGUUUCCACCACGACAAGACAAUUUAUCAACAACUCCUCCAAGAAAGCAAUCAAGUGCGAAUCCACCCUCUGCUUCAUUGACUCCAUCGAAACAAUUAAACAGAGUGAGUUUAGACAAUAGUCAACUGCACAGAAUUAGUAGAAUUAUUACAGAUGAAGAAAAGAUUGCUUCACCAAACUUAAAUUUGGUAUCUUCUGUUGAGAAAACAUCAACUAAACAGCCUUCUACUAUUAUUAACACAAACAGUACAAAUAACAAUACCACCAACAAUCACAUUCCUAUUUAUCCUCCUGUAUUCAGAGUAGAUACAAAUACCGACGAAACUUCUACCUUUACCACAACAACAACCACUACAACAUCGAGAAGUGGUCAAUCAAAUUUCAAGUUUGAUGAUGAUCAAUUGCUUGAAGCUUGGAGAAAAUCCUAUAAUAGAAGAAACAGUAGAGUUGGAUCUAUUUACAACAGCAAGACUCAGGAUGAUAUGGCAUUAAUUUAUGGAAAUGAUCCUUCACUACUUUCCGAAAGAUGGAAGAGGAUUCCUUCUCGUUACUUUUCUAAAGAUGAAGAUGUGGAAGUUACUUCUCAAAUUGGUCGUCUCAAACAAAGCAAAAUUAUCGUUUCUUCUGACAAUAAGAAUAUUCAUGUCACAGAAAUUGAAGGAGUUUCUAAUUUGGAUAGCAAUGGAAAGGAGUCAAAGACACCUCUUCACAUGACAUCCAAGGAACUUGGAUUUAGCAGUAGUGAUGAGGAAGAUAGAGAAUUAAAAGCUGCAAAGAAAAAGACAUUUAGAAAAGGCAAUUCCAAGAAGACUUUGGAACUCCACGAGUCUCCACUUGUUGAAAAACGAAGUCCUUUGAAAAUCAAUACUACAGAUUCAGUUUUUGAAACUGGAAUUGUUCCACAACCAGUUGUUUAUUCCUCACCAAUGAGCUUACCAGGUUCAAGUAUCGAUUUACCAUCUGUAAUGGAGCCUCCAAAACGAAAACCAAGAUAUGUUAAUCACAUCAGAGAGGAAUCACUCUAUGUUGAAGAUGCUCAAGAAGCUGAGGAUGAUUUUGUGGUUAAGAAAACUGAUAUGGCCAUGAUUGAAAAUUCCAAAGAAAGGCCAAGACAAGUCGACUCGUACAAUGUCAAUGAUUAUUUGAGCAUGAAACCUGUAAAAGAUAUUGUUAAUAAGAAUAUUGUUAAACAAUUGCGAAAAGCAGAAGAAGAGGGAUUUAGUGAUGACGAGGACGAAUCUGUUGUCACAGCACCUCCAACAAUAACUGAAACUACCACCAAAACUGAAGAUUCUAAAAAGCAAUUUGAGAGAAUUUAUGUAAACAACCGAGAAGAAAACAAAAAUAAUAGAAAGUCAUGGCCUACAAACUAUGUCAGAACAACAAAGUAUACUUUGUUAACCUUUAUUCCAAAAAACCUUUUUGAACAAUUCAAAAAGGUUACCAAUAUUUAUUUUUUAAUAUCAGUUAUUGCAGUAUUACUUCCUGAUAUUUCUCCAGUAUCACCAGCUACCUCCAUUAUUCCACUUAUUGUAAUUGUAAUGAUUCAAAUGUUUAAGGACGCCAUUGAAGAUCUUCAACGUUAUAGACAAGACAGAAAAGCUAACAAUGAAAAGUGUAGAGUAAUUAGAGGUGGUCAGGUGGUUGAAAUUAGAGUCAAGGAUGUAGAAAUAGGAGAAAUUGUACUUGUAAGCAAGGAAGAAACAUUCCCUUCCGAUUUGUUGUGUAUACACUCCUCAAGAGAGGAUGAUAUGUGCUAUGUAGAGACGGCGAAUCUGGACGGCGAAACAAAUCUGAAAACGAGACGAUCUCUUAAAGCUGGAAAAUUCUUGCACGAUAUUCCAGAACAUACCAUUCACAAAAGUUUGAGUGAUUUGGAUGGUCAACUGAAGGUUGAACUUCCUAACAGCAACUUGGAUACUUUUGAAGGCAACAUCAAACUGAAAGCAAAAGUAGGGGAUCAAAAAUUAACUCAAAAGGAAGCUAUGACUAUGGAUAAUCUACUUCUCAGAGGAUGUGUGCUGAAGAACACAAAACAUAUUUAUGGUAUUGCUAUUUAUGUGGGUAAUCACACCAAGAUUUUAAAGAACUUGAAAGAGAACAAACAAAAGAGAAACGACUUGGACAUUACAUUGAACAAAAUUUUAGUAUUCCUUUUAAUCUUACAGCAAAUUAUUUGCGCUAUUGUGGCUGCAUUUUAUGGAUUAUUCCAAGAUAAUUAUCAAAUCAAAGCAUUCUAUUUAAGACCAGUUAGUUCCGCACCUGCUUCCUUUACAUCUGUCAUGUCCACAUGGGUUACUUGUUUCAUUUUGUUAAAUCUUAUGAUUCCAAUGUCAUUGGUUGUUGGUUUGGAAAUUAUUAAAACUUUCCAAUCCAAAAUGAUAGAGAGUGACAAGGAAAUGUGGCAUGGAGACUUUAAAGCAGAAGUCAAAUCAUCUAAUAUGAAUCAAGCUCUUUCUAAUUUGGAUGUGAUAUUUUCAGACAAGACAGGUACUCUCACUCAAAAUGAAAUGAAAUACUCUGAUUCAUGGGUUGGUGGGUUGUACUACUCGGAAAUACGUAAUCCAGGUUUAAUGAAGAAUUACAUGACUGAACACAAACCAAGCUUGGAAGAGCCACCUGUAUCUGAUACAGCUGGUUACCAUGCCUACCUUUUGAGAGAGUUCCUCUUAUGUCUAGCAUUGAAUAACAAUGUCAUUCCUGAACGUGAUCCAAAGAACCCAGAGCGUAUUGUUUAUGAUGGACCUUCUUCAGAUGAAAUAGCUCUAUUAGAAGCAGCCAGAAAUAAUGGAUUUGUGUUGUUACAAAGAACAAACGCAGGUGUUCUAAUUGAUGAGAUGGGAGAAAAGAAGUUUUAUGACAUUGUUGCAACCAUUGAAUUUACAUCAGACAGAAAGAGAAUGUGUGUAAUUGUUAAAAGCCCAGAAGGAAGAUAUAUUUGUUAUGUAAAAGGGGCUGAUAGCGUCAUGAUCAAAAGAUGUAGAGCUAGAAAGCAUUAUGUCACCGACUUGAAACUUGCUCUUGAAACAUUUUCAAUUAAGGGUUUGAGAACUCUUGUAUGUGCUAGAAAGGAAAUUUCAGAAGAAGAAUUUCAAGUAUGGAUUGAAGCAUAUACAAAGGCAACCCUCUCAACAAAGAAUAGAGAAAAGCUUUUAAUUCACAGUGCUGCUGAUAUGGAAAUUGAUUUACAAUUAAUUGGAUGUACAGCCAUUGAGGACAAGCUUCAAGAAAAUGCAGUAGAGACUAUUACCUAUUUAUCCAAAGCCGGCUUUCAAAUUUGGGUCUUAACAGGAGACAAGACAGAGACUGCCAUCAAUGUUGCCUACUCUACAAAUAUCUUACACAAAGAUGAAACAAUAGAAAUAAGAAUACGAGACUCUUGCAAUACUAAACAUGUCAAAAAGAAGAUGAAAGUUGCUUUAGAAUUUCUUGAGCGUCACAAGAACAAACACUUUGAGUAUGGAUUAGUGAUUGAUUCUAAAUCAUUGGAUUUUGCUCUGGAAAAGUAUGAAAAACAAUUCCUAAAGAUUGUUCAACAUAUUAGUUGUGCAGUUUGUUCCAGAUUAAAGCCACUCCAAAAGGCAAGAAUAGUCAAGCUCAUUGAAUCCAAAUUGAAAAAGAAAGCUCUUGCUGUUGGAGACGGUGUAAAUGACGUGGCAAUGAUUCAAGCAGCAACUGUAGGUGUAGGUAUCAAAGGAAAAGAAGGUUCUCAGGCCUCUCGUUCUGCUGACUAUGCUCUCCCUAGAUUUAAGAAUUUAGUCAGAUUGAUUGCUCUUCAUGGAAGAUAUUGCUGUGUUAGAAAUGCUGACUUUUUACUCUUCAACUUUUACAAGAAUGUCAUGAUUGUGGUUCCUCAGAUACUUUACUGUAUUUAUACAGGAUUUACAUGCACAAUAUUUUUUGAAUCAUGGCUUCUUACAAUGUUCAAUACUAUCUACUGUUUCUUCCAACCAAUUGUUUCAGGAGUAUUUGAGAAGGAUUUACCAGAGGAAGUUAUUUUACAACAUCCAGAAAUUUACUCUACUUUGAAAAAGAGUGGAACUCAUGGUAAUUUAUUCAAUAUCAGAAGCUUACUUUUCUGGACAUUGGAUGCCACCUAUCAUUCUUUGAUUGUUUUCUUUGGAGUUUUAAUUUGUUAUGGAUAUGAAGAUAUUUUGGAGAAUGGACCAUCAGAUGUUUUCCACUUUGGAACAGUUGUUCUCACAACAACAGUAACUAUUAUUACUUUCAAAUUUGCUCUGUCAGUCAAAUCGUGGAGCCUUCCAAUCAUUUUAUCGAUUUGGGGUAGUUACUUGAGCUAUUUUGUAUUUGUGGUAAUUUAUACUCCAAUUCCAGUAUUUUUCGGAAAGGGAACUUUCCACUUUGUGUAUUAUCAUACCUUCAUGAGUGUAAAGGCCAUUCUCGUGACAAUGUUGCUAAGUGUGGUUGCCUUACUUCCUGAUCUGCUUAUCAAAUUUAUUAGAUUUGGAUUCUUCCCUCACGAUUAUCAAAAAUUACUCAUCGAAUACAAACAUGAGCAAAAGUUAAAAAAGAAGCAAAAGCCAGCAAUUGAACCUUGCGAAAAUAAAUAGAUUUUUUGAUUU